UCGUCUGAAUUAAUAUUAAGUUUAGUAUCGCUACAAUUCAGUUUAUUUUACCCACCCCUACUACCAUGGAUUCAACCUCCACCGACAGCGAAGUAGCCUAUGACAUCCCUCCAAUCCUCAAAGUCUACAAAAACGGCCGCAUAGAGAGGCUAGCAGGCGUCGAGGUUGUUCCUCCGUCUCUUGACCCCGAAACCAACGUGGAAUCCAAAGACGUCGUAAUCUCCGAAAAAGACGACAUAUCCGCCAGGCUUUACAUUCCAAAAACCACAUACCCCCCGCCGCAAAAGCUCCCUCUCCUUCUCUACUUCCACGGUGGCGCCUUCCUAAUCGGAACCCCGUUUUCUCCCAACUCCCACAACUACCUCAACAACGUUGUUUCAAAGGCUAACGUAGUCGCUGUCUCCGUCCACUACAGGAGGGCACCGGAGCACCCGGUUCCCGUCGCCCACCAAGAUUCCUGGCUCGCGCUCAAGUGGGUCGCUUCGCAUGCGGCCGGAAACGGCCCUGACGGGUGGCUGAACAGCCACGCUGAUUUUGCGAAAGUGUUCUUCGCCGGCGACAGCGCCGGCGCCAACAUCGCAAACUAUUUGGGCAUUCGGGUCGGGACAGAAGGGUUUCCCGGUGUGAGGGUUGAAGGGAUUGCGUUGGUGCAUCCUUAUUUUUGGGGUACGGAACUGCUCGAGUGUGAGGCGAAGCGGGCCGAGCACGCUGCUAAAGUACACGAUUUGUGGCGUUUUUCAUGCCCCACCACGACGGGAUCCGAUGACCCGAUUAUUAACCCGGAUAAGGAUCCGAAUCUGGGGAAGCUAGGUUGUGGGAGAGUGCUGGUUUGUGUGGCUGAGAAGGAUUUGCUGAAGGACAGGGGUUGGUACUAUAAAGAGUUACUUCGUAAGAGUGCUUGGCCUGGAGUUGUCGAGGUGGUAGAGACUAAGGAUGAGGAUCACGUGUUUCAUAUGUUCAAUCCGAAUUGUGAGAAUGCAAAGGUUUUGCUCAACCAAGUUGCUUCCUUCAUCAAACAGCGUUGAACAUUGUUAUGUUAUGUCUGCUUUAUUUUGUUGUUGUGUUUCGGUUCUCCUUUUCACUGUAUGCUCUCCACCUUUCAUCAGAGGCAAUAAUAAAAUGGAUUUUUAUGGUGAUAUUUAA